UGAUUGCAAUUGUUUAGUUUGUGUUGUUUAAGCUACUUUUUGUUCAAAUUCGUACGUUUGAAUUUAUGAACUAGGGGAAACAUGAAAUUCCCUAGAAAUGCUCAUGUGCAACAAAUAAAGUAAGCGAGUUCGGUGAUGUGAAAAAGUUUAUUCAGCAUUGUUAUAAUGAAUCAGUAAACUACAAUCAAAGUUUACGAUUGAAGUUAAGACAUCACGGAUUAAUUACCACGAAGUUUUGAUCACUUGUCCAUAAAAUGGGUGAUCCAAACGAGAAACGCAAACGCAUGUCCUGUGCCUUGGAAAUUAAUAACCCAGUCAACUUGUUGCAAACAUUGCAUAGUGUUUGUGCAGAUGGUUACCACUUCAUUGUGACAAACCUUGCUCAUCCUAUGAACUGCAGAGACUUGACUGAUAAGGAGCCAACAAAAAUAAUAGGAAGGACUGAUAGAGUGCUGCAAUCUGUAGAUUGGAGUAAACUUAUUGUUGGUAAGAUUUCUAGAGCUUAUGAAGUAGAUAAUGAAAUUGAGCACAUUAGAGAAUCAGAAAAGUUGCUUUUAAAGCAAGAAUUAGGCUUUGCAAGUCAUCUAGUACUGCCAGCUAUAAUGAUUAAACUACAACAAGGUCAGAAUAGAAACCUUGCACAUAUACUUUAUAAUAAAUUCCAACUUGGAGUGCCUUUUCAAGUUUGGGUGCAAAUGCCUAUUAGGAAAGCAUCUUCUCCAUUUGUGCAAAAGUCUGACAAUGAUGAAUCUUGGGAGACUUGGAAUGACUUUAGAAGAAUUGCAAAUUAUCACAAAAAACUAGGCAUAGUUUUAGAGCUUCCUAAGUUGGAUCAACUGCCAAGCAAGGAAAGUUUAGAAAGAUGGUGUGGAGAACCAGUAAAGGCAUUAAUUCUACACACCAGUCACUUUAUUCCUAAUCCACACAACCAACCAGUGUUGCCUAAGGUUUAUCAGGAAAUUAUUAAGUUAUUCAUGGCACUCGAUGUGCAAUAUGUGAUUCAAGGGCCUUCAACUAAGUUCAGCUAUAAUCAAUAUUACAGUUAUAUGAAUUUCUUAGGAAAGAAAUUGUAUGAAAACACUGUAUUUAAUGAGUUUUCAUUAGGCUGUGAAGAUUUUUUGCAAAAUCCACUUCAACCCCUGUCUGAACACUUGGAAGCGUCAGUGUACGAAAUCUUUGAAAAGGAUCCGAUUAAGUACAUUGAAUAUCAGAAUGCAAUCAGACGUGCGUUGGAAGAUAUGCCGCAAAGCCUCGAAUGCGUUGUUAUAAUGGUCGUUGGUGCUGGUCGCGGACCUUUAGUGCAAGCAGUCUUGAAUGCAUCGUACUUAACACAACGCAAAGUUCGUGUUUAUGCAGUUGAGAAGAAUCCGUAUGCAAUAAACACUCUCGAGGAGCGCAUUCAGAAUGAAUGGCAAGGACUUGUAACGCUGAUUCAUCAAGAUAUGCGCAUAUGUCGUCCGCCUGAGGACGCCGAUAUCCUUGUCUCUGAACUUCUAGGUUCUUUUGGCGAUAACGAAUUGUCGCCGGAAUGUUUAGACGGCGCUCAGCGAUUUUUGAAACCAAACGGUAUUUCAAUUCCUGAGUCGUACACUUCGUUUUUGGCGCCGUUGCAAAGUACAAAACUGCAUAAUGAGAUAGUAAAUGGUCGACUACAUGACAAACCUGCGUAUACAAUGUAUGAAACACCAUACGUUGUGCAUUUUGUGAAUGCAUAUCAAAUUGCACCUUCUCAGCCAUUGUUUACUUUUAAACAUCCAAAUCGGGAGGAACGUAUUGUAAACGAACGCGUUAAGUCUGUAAAAUUCCGAGCGCCGCAAAAUUGUGUACUAACGGGUUUCGCUGGAUAUUUCGAAACCGUUUUGUACAAAGAAGUUAUGUUAAGUAUCAAUCCACAGACGCAUUCACCGAACAUGGUCAGCUGGUUUCCAAUAUUGUUUCCACUCGCCGAACCAAUUCAAAUAACGUCCGGCGCUAUGAUUGACGUUACUUUCUGGCGCGCCGAGAAUGAAGAAAAAGUAUGGUAUGAAUGGUGCCUGAAUUCACCCGUGCGCGGCAGCAUCUACAAUCCAAAUGGACGUUCGUAUUUUAUCAAAAAGUGAAGUUAACUUAUGACACUAUUUGUUGAAUUGACAUUAUUUUGACUAAGUGAAUUAAUCUCUCAGAAUUGU